CGUCAUCGAACGUAACUUCCGGCCGGUGGCGGUGUGGACGGUGUGGGUCGUGGCUGCGGGUUCUCCGGAUCUCCCCUUCCCCUACGUUCCUCCCUCCCUCCCUCUCCCUCCCGCGGCGGCGGUCGGUCGCCGGUCGCUGACUCCCUGACCCAGCCCUAACCCUCUCCUGACCUCGGGGCUGCCGGAUUGGCCUCCUUUGCCCGUUUCCCGGUGCCAGGGCGGGGGCCUUGCGGAGCCGGAGGCGCUGCGAUCGAGAGAAAAGAACCAGACGACCCUCGGCUCCCCGUCCGGCUCGUUCGGUCCGCGCCGCCAUGGCGAUGAGGCAGACUCCGCUCACCUGCUCCGGCCACACGCGGCCCGUGGUGGACCUGGCCUUCAGCGGCAUCACGCCGUACGGCUAUUUCUUAAUCAGCGCGUGCAAAGACGGUAAACCUAUGCUACGCCAGGGGGACACAGGAGACUGGAUUGGAACUUUUUUGGGUCAUAAGGGUGCCGUUUGGGGUGCCACAUUGAAUAAGGAUGCCACCAAAGCAGCCACCGCAGCUGCGGAUUUCACAGCCAAAGUGUGGGAUGCUGUCUCAGGAGAUGAAUUGAUGACCCUGGCUCAUAAACACAUUGUCAAGUCUGUGGAUUUUACACAGGAUAGUAAUUACUUGUUAACCGCGGGACAAGAUAAACUCUUACGCAUAUAUGACUUGAACAAACCUGAAGCAGAACCUAAGGAAAUCAGUGGUCAUACCUCUGGAAUUAAAAAGGCUCUAUGGUGCAGUGAGGAUAAACAAAUUCUUUCAGCUGAUGAUAAAACUGUUCGCCUUUGGGAUCACGCCACUAUGACAGAAGUGAAAUCUCUAAGUUUUAAUAUGUCUGUUAGCAGUAUGGAAUAUAUUCCUGAGGGAGAGAUCUUGGUAAUAACUUAUGGACGAUCUAUUGCUUUUCAUAGUGCAGUAAGUUUGGAGCUAAUUAAAUCCUUUGAAACUCCUGCAACCAUCAAUUCUGCAUCUCUUCAUCCUGAAAAAGAAUUUCUUGUUGCAGGUGGUGAAGACUUUAAACUUUAUAAGUAUGAUUAUAAUAGUGGCGAAGAAUUAGAAUCCUACAAGGGACACUUUGGUCCUAUUCACUGCGUGAGAUUUAGUCCUGAUGGAGAACUCUAUGCCAGUGGUUCUGAAGAUGGAACUUUGAGACUAUGGCAAACUGUAGUAGGAAAAACAUAUGGCCUUUGGAAAUGUGUGCUUCCUGAAGAAGAUAGUGGUGAGCUGGCAAAGCCAAAGAUCAGUUUUCCAGAGACAACGGAAGAGGAGCUAGAAGAAAUUGCUUCAGAGAAUUCAGAUUCCAUCUAUAGUUCAACUCCUGAAGUGAAGGCCUGAGUAUCAUGCAUAUGCCUCAAACAGUAUACAACUACAGACUAAGACAAGCAGAGAAAAGCAUCAGCCUUCCAGAGUUGGUCUCUACGUCAGACAAACAUGGAGCAGUAAAUUAUGAGGAAUAUGAAUUAGCUCCAGUGUGGAACUAACAAACUUGGUGUCACCUGUAAGUGAACAUGCAAGAGUAUCAGGUGAAGGCAGGUGACGUUAUGCUCUUGUAAUUCGAUGGCCUGUUGUCUUUUCAAUGAAUAUGUACAAGCCAACGUCCAAUUUCUCUUAUUACAGUUAGAUUUAUUGUAGCUGUUUAUGUUAUUACGGAGAAGAAAUAUAUAUUGGCCUAUUUUUCUGACUUUUCCCUUAAAGCAGAAAGCCUUCUCUUUUUUGUCUUUCAUUGUAAAGAAGAGGGGGGAAUUCAUGAUAAAGUAACUGGCUUGAUUUCUCAUUCAUUGUACACUGCUUCUGAACAUCUAAUUGUUUUUAGUUGUCUAAAUAAAAUGCCUCUAAAACAAAACAAUGUUUGUUUCUUGGGGAAAAUUGAUAGAUUUGAACUUUGUAAAAGGAAAUUACCUACAUCACAACUGUAUCAAAAUAAUCUGAUUAAAGAAUCUGUAGUAAACAUUGUUUCCCUAUUUUGAGA